UCUGCUGCCACGCCAAGCCCUGCUGCUCCACCUCCUUCUGCUUCCACCCCAGGCCCUGCUACUCCAUCUCCUUCUGCUGCCACGCCAAGCCCUGCUACUCCAUCUCCUUCUGCUACCACUCCAGACCCUGCUACUCCAUCUCCUUCUGCUGCCACCCCGGGCCCUGCUACUCCACCUCCUUCUGCUUCCACCCCAGACCCUGCUACUCCAUCUCCUUCUGCUACCACCCCGGGCCCUACUACUCCACCUCCUUCUGCUGCCACGCCAAGCCCUGCUACUCCAUCUCCUUCUGCUGACACGCCAAGCCCUGCUACUCCACCUCCUUCUGCUACCACUCCAGACCCUGCUACUCCAUCUCCUUCUGCUGCCACGCCAAGCCCUGCUACUCCAUCUCCUUCUGCUGCCACCCCGGGCCCUGCUACUCCACCUCCUUCUGCUUCCACCCCAGACCCUGCUACUCCAUCUCCUUCUGCUACCACCCCGGGCCCUACUACUCCACCUCCUUCUGCUGCCACGCCAAGCCCUGCUACUCCAUCUCCUUCUGCUGCCACGCCAAGCCCUGCUACUCCAUCUCCUUCUGCUGCCACUCCAGACCCUGCUACUCCAUCUCCUUCUGCUGCUACCCCGGGCCCUGCUACUCCAUCUCCUUCUGCUUCCACCCCAGACCCUGCUACUCCAUCUCCUUCUGCUACCACCCUGGGCCCCACUACUCCAUCUCCUUCUGCUACCACUCCAGACCCUGCUACUCCAUCUCCUUCUGCUACCACCCUGGGCCCCACUACUCGAUCUCCUUCUGCUACCACCCUGGGC